AUGUCGGGCGCCGCGGGCGACAGCCAGCUGUUCGAGGACAACUUUACCAUCACCGAGGUCGACCAGUCCAAGUAUGACCGCGUGGCGCGGCUGUACGCGACGUCGACGGACGCGCAGACGGUGAUGACGCUGGACAUUAACACGGAGCUGUUCCCCUGCCACGUGGGCGAGAACCUGACGGUGGUGCUUGCGACGACGCUGUCGCUGGACGGUUCGCGCGAGGAGGACAAGGGCUGGCGGGACCUGUCGAAGCCGGGCGCACCGGGUUCGGGCGAGUCGACACUGGCGGACAUGUACGAUUACGUGUGCCACGGCAAGAUUUACAAGUUUGAGGACGGCGACGACGGCCAGACAAUCAAGGCAUACAUCUCCUACGGCGGCCUGCUCAUGUCAUUAUCGGGCCCGUUCAAAAAGCUCACGCCGCUGCGGGUGGACUACACCUACCUGCUGGUGAAGAAGUAG